CAGACAGCCAAGCGGCCAAGGCUCUAUAACCCCGUGGUGCAUGGCCCAUAAAGGAUUCGACGACUAUACCGAGAAGUACGUCGCGCCACCACUGCAAUUCGUGAGUCGGACCUUCUAAUCGAGCACCUGCGCCACCCGAAAGUAUCCUCUCUCGCUCUCGCGAAUUUCUCUGCCAUAUAUUCUCCAAGCAUCGGAGCUUCUACUACUUGUCGCGCACAUUCAAAACUGCCGUUUUCUCUCUUGCUCGCGCGCGACAUAUCCAUUCCCGUUGAUGUAAUUUCGCAGUCGGCGUUGGCGGGUCAGCUGUGUGCGAUACUGCGGUGCCGUCUUCGAGCCUACAUACGUACCAUACGCGCGUUGUUUUUUUUUUGUUGACGCCUCGUAUCCCCGCGCUGUAAUUCGAUUCAGUUCAUCAUGUGUGUUCGACAGAGCAAUAUCGACAUGAGCAAGAGCGCUCCGUCGCUAAAAAGUGAUAUUAUCCAGGACUUGCAGUGAUUUUGUUGUUGUUGUUGUUGUUAACGACAUUGGGAAGACUCUCGACGUGGUUAUCUGCAUUCGCAGCUCAGUAAUCAACGAAAAAGUGCGCGAAGUUUCUCGUGUUUGUUUUAUCAUUUUUGCAAAGUUUUGAUUUGCAAAAUCGUUCAUUUGUUGUUUGAGUGCAUUGUUUAUACGACAAAGAGGCAUCGAAGACAUUGAAGACGAUUGAAGACAUUGCAAAGUGUGUACCGGGUAGCGCCUAUUCGCGCUAUGAGUUCGAAAUUCAUAAUCGAUAGCAUGCUACCGAAGUACCACCAUCCGUCUCAUUAUCAGUUGUUCCCCACAGCGGCUAGUAGUCACCAGGCGGCCUGUUCGGCAGCGGCAGCGGCAGUAGCCUCAGAGUCCAGUCUCAGCAACGCCGUAGCUGCAGCAGCGGCGGCCAAUUACGCGCAGCACCAGCAGCAGCAACAAAGCUCGCCAAGCCCAACGGGCUCGAGCCCGCACUCGGCAAGCUCGGCCUCGACCUCACCGGCGGCCCGCGUCACCUCGGCCCAAAACACCUCGAGCAGCAGCGGCAGCAGCAUGUAUCCCUACGUCUCGGCCGCGGCCCACCACCAUCAUCAGCAGCAGCAGCAGGCCGUGGCCGCGGCCGCGGCCUUCGGGACCUCGAGCAUGGUUCCGGGCUUCGGCUCCUCGGCCGCGUCGAACGCUGCCCUCGCCGCGGCUGCGGCCGUCGACUCCGCAGCCAACGAUAAAUCCUGCAGGUACACGGCUAGUUUAACGGGCAACGUCGCGCCCACCAGUAGCGAUCCCAUGGUCAACUAUACCCUGGGCCAUCACCAUCAGAACGGAACGACACCCGGUAGUUUGGUGUCGUCGGCGCCGUCCUCGGUUUCGGCGGCCUCGGGACUAACGUCAAUAUCCAAUAUGGCCGUAGCAGCGCAGUUUUACCAUCAAGCAACGGCGGCCGCUGGUGUUGAUCCAUUAGGCUCAUGUCAACAACCCAGUAGUGUGCUUCCAGGAACACCUGAAAUCGCACGCUACCCAUGGAUGACCAUAGACUGGAUGAAUCCUUUCGACAGAGUUAUGUGUGCAGGUCCCAAUGGUUGUCCACGGCGUCGGGGUCGUCAAACGUACACACGCUUCCAGACGCUCGAGCUGGAAAAAGAAUUCCACUUCAACCACUACCUAACGCGACGGCGGCGAAUCGAAAUCGCUCACGCUCUCUGCCUCUCGGAGCGCCAGAUCAAAAUCUGGUUUCAAAAUCGAAGAAUGAAGCUGAAAAAGGAGAUGCGAGCCGUGAAAGAGAUCAACGAGCAGGCGCGACGCGAUCGCGAGGAGCAAGAGCAACAGCUGAAGAAGCAACAGAGCGAGAAGGCCGCCAAGCUGCAGCAGGAGCAGCAGCAGAACAUUCUGCAGCAACAGCACGUCCAGGUGCAGCAUCACGCUCACGGCCUCGACAAGACCCAGAGCGAUCUGCUCAAAGCCGUGAGUAAGGGUGUGCCCACAUAGGACAGCCUUUUGGGCCGCCUCUACCUGUCCUAGGUGUCGUGGACCGAGCUCGAGUCGCACCAAGCCGCACUGGCCCGACAAUUAGCCGCCGCCGCCGCCGUCGCCGCUAGUGUACAAGCUCAACAACCCGAUGCCGCACGACUACGUACUUACAUGGAGGCUGCUCAAGAGACCCGCAAAAAUCCCGAUCAGGACGUCGAGGACGACGACGUUGAUGCCCGAGAGGACGAGGAUGAAACCAAACAAACCGACGACAGCAACGAUCCCUAGUUAUUGCGAAUGUGUGUCACAUCUACUCGACUUUUAGGUUAUGCUCAACGAACUUUGUUUUAUUUUUGUUUUGUAUUUUUUAAAUGCGUGCCAUCGAUGAUAUAGAAGAAUCAGCCGCGCGCGCGCUCGAUUACUCGUCAAGGACAUUGUUGACUUUCGGUCUGUGUCGUGUUUAUCGUGGAUUUACUACAAGACUGCAGCAGUUUUUAACAGCUUACUAUUUCGGAGCACGUUAUGAUAAUUUUACCGCGGAGUUUUAUCGUUUAAUAAAAAAUGUGCAGUGAUGAAAAGAUUAAUGACUCGAAGUAACAAGUGAAUUGCAUUCAGUGUUAAUCUUAAUUGAAACAAGAAAGAAGAUGAAAUUAAUUAGGAAAGACUUAUUCAGUUGUACAUUUAUAGUUUAGUUGUAGAAUUAGUUAGUUUGCUCCGUUUCCCUCCGACCUAGCAAUGUUGAUUUUGUGUGAUGUUAUACAAAGUAUGAAAUGAUAUUUAGAGUUUUAUUGUGUUCAAGUUAUGUCAGUUGUGCUCAAAGUCUUAUUUGAACUGAAAAAUUUGUACAUGAAGAUAAUGAGGGCUGUAAGAAUUUAAAAUAUUUACUUUGGCUUAUUUUUUUAUGAUUUUUUUUUCAAGUUUGAUGAAUGCCUUCAACAUUUUUUUUAAAUGAGUUGUUUUUAUUUGUGUACAUUAUGAAGAUGUCGAUAUUUUCUGUGUUAUGCCUAAAAUUUUCAUUACGUUUCUGUUUGCAUCAAUAUAAAUUUUUGUAAAUCGUACUUACAAAGCAACGAAAAAUGAAUUAAUCGUAAAAUUCUACUUUCAUCUAUAAAAUUUACUCCGUCGUGGAUUCGAAUUUUCAAAUAUAAUGAUAAAGAUGAACGUGAAAUCAGAUACGUACAGAGAGCAAAAGAUAAAUAAUAAUCAUACGAGUCUCGCUCUAAAUGUAUUAAAUACGUAAUUUGGUGUCAGGGUAGACCUUCAGUAAGCCUAAAGCCUGUUGUUGGUAUUACUUAAUUAGUAAACGCGUAAAAAAUCGAAUUGGAAAACAAGACUCGAUAGUGAACAGAAUGAACAUUUGUGUUAGAGCAUAAUUAGAAAUGAUAAUAGAUGCGCAUUUUGAAGAUUGCGAGGUAAAAUUUAUUGUCCAAUAUAACCGCAAAUACGUAAAAUUUAAAAAUAUUGAUAAACAAUAAAGAAUAUAGUGUUAAUGAGAAACAAGAUUAGUUGGAUUGAGCUUUUAGAGAAAAAAUACAUUUUAUUGAUUAAGUUUUCAUUUCUGAUUAAUUUUUCAAUAAUUUAAUUAUUUAUAUUUUUAAUUGUUUUGAAUAUUUUUUAUCAAAAUUAGACAAUAAAAAGUAAGAAGUCGUAAAAAGUACUAACCAAAGUUAUUUCUCUGCUGCUCAAUUUGAUUUUCUUAUCAUAAAUUUUCAAAAAAUACUCGUAAUUUUAUUGAAUAAUAAUUACAUUUGUGAAAUCAAAUGAUAUUAAUAAAAAAUAAUUUAAUAUACGUAUGUAAUAAAUUACGGGAAAAAACAUUCAAUCAACACAUUCUAACAAAAAACGGCAGAAGUGCAAAAAAAUUGUGCAAAAAUGGAUAAAUGACAAUGUCUUAAAAAUUAUAAUCUACAUAUAAAAUAAGAUGAACCAGAUAAACACCCUUUCAAGCUAUCGUAGAAUAAUUCUAACUAUGGCAAAUAUGGAUAAUUUUUUUCAUUGUUAGUCACUUAGUAAAGUACUAUUAACAAUCAAUAGACUUUAUGAAAGUGAUAAAACAAGUCCACUCCAAAAGAAAGUGAAAAAGGAAACUUACACUCAUACUCAGUUAAAAAUACGUGUAUCUAUUAUAAUAUUCCUAGUGUGUAGUUUGUAAUGCUGUAAUAAUAGAAUAAAUGUACGAGAGGAAGAAAGACUAACCUCCGAGGCGCCAAAAUUAAUUUAACUUAUCACCCCUAUGAUUUUUAACAUAAGAAAGCAUUGCAAUGCUGCAAAAAAUUUGAACCCGUCUGUAGAUUGAAAAUGACACAUGAUAAUUUAAAAAACGUAUCCACAGUUUUAUUAUAAUUAAAACUCGUAUACGCCGCGUGAAAUUGUAAUGAGUAUUAGAUGUGCACGUAUA